AAGUGUUUUAUUUUUGUGUGUGUGGGAAUGAUGAUGGGUGAGAGAAGUUUGUGUUGGGUGGUAACUUUGUUUGGAGUGUUGUCAGCAGCAGUAUAUAGUUAUAAGUGCGAUUUGUACGAAGGAAGUUGGGUAUACGAUGAUUCAUAUCCAAUGUAUGAUUCAACAAAAUGUCCGCACAUUCGAAAGGAAUACGACUGCAUCAAAUACGGUCGCCCCGACCUUACCUACCUUAAAUUCAGAUGGCAGCCCACCCAUUGUAUCUUACCCAGAUUCGAUGCGGAAGAAUUCUUGAGAAAAAUGAGCGGUAAAAAGAUCAUGUAUGUUGGUGAUUCAGUAAGCUUAAAUCAAUGGCAAUCAAUGGUUUGCCUUCUUCAUGCUGCGUUGCCUUCAGAGGCCAACAUCCAUGAAGAAACUAUUAACUCAACUACAACUGUCACCUAUGAGGAUUAUGGAGUUUCGAUUUCAAUGUUCUUGUCUCAUUACUUGGUAGACAUAACGCAAGAAAAAAUCGGUCGGGUUUUGAAAUUAGACUCCAUUACAGAUGGAGAUGUAUGGAAGGAGAACGACGUGUUGAUCUUCAAUACUUGGCUUUGGUGGUAUCGUCGAGGAGAAAAACAACCAUGGGAUUAUGUUGAAACAGGUACGAAGAUACUUAAGGACAUGGAUCGGAUGGUUGCUUUUCGAGAGGCUUUAACAACUUGGGCAAAUUGGAUCAAUUCCGAUGUAGACACUGUGAAAACCAGAUUGUUUUUCCAAGGAGUUUCUCCAUCUCAUUACAAUGGGGCCGAUUGGAAUGAGCCGGGAGUGACAAAUUGUGGGAAAGAAGCGCUUCCGAUAAGUGGAUCGACGUACAAUGGAGGGUGGCCAAAGGCGGAGAUGGUGGUGGAGCAAGUUUUGAGUGGUGUUAAAAAGCCAGUGUCAUUGCUCAACAUAACAAGAUUGUCUCAAUUGAGAAAAGAUGGACAUCCAAGUAGUUACAAUGCCUUCAGAGGAAUGGAUUGUACUCAUUGGUGUGUUGCUGGGGUUCCAGACACAUGGAACCAGCUUCUAUCUGCUGCUCUUGGUUAAAAUUUAUGACCCAUACAUAUUGAUGAUUAAUGUAUCUCAAAAUUUAAUAUGGUUGUAUUUAUUGGUCAAAAAAUUAAUAUAUACAUCAUUUAUUUGAUUAAAA